AUGAUACUCGGGAACGGAAACACGGCGGCAGACAGACAUGUCUUUCACGUUAUCGUCCUGGGAGCUUCGGGAGGACCCAGGGAAGACACAGCUACGGGCCUACUCGUUCGAUCGGUAGCUACAAAAUGGGCCAAAAGCUCUGUCGUGGCCGUCGAUGCCGGCACACUGCUAUCUGGCAUCAUUCGCAUUCUCGAAAACAACUCGCCAACCGAACUCGAUAAUGAUAGAAGAAUAGUCUCCUCCGGCCCCUUUGCGAGUCUCGAACUGCCCCAUUUAACCGCCGAAGCGAACGCGGCGCAUAUCUUUCGAGACAUCCUAUCCGGCGUCCUCAUCACGCAUCCGCAUCUAGAUCAUGUCUCGGGUCUGGCCAUGAACACGCCUACGGUCGAAGCCGAGUCCGGUCCAAAGACGGUCGCCGCACUGCCCUCGACCAUCGCGGCGCUCAAGAACCAUCUCUUCAACGAUAUAACGUGGCCGAACUUGUCGGAUGAAGACGGUGGUGCGGGCCUGAUCACCUACCAGCGGCUGGUUGAUGGUGGCAAUCAGCGACUUGGUCGAGGCCCGGCAAAGGGAUAUGUCAAGGCCAGUGACGGACUUACUACAAAGUGUCUGGGUGUUAGCCAUGGGAGGUGUAGACAGCGUUACAAUCCAGAGACCGAGAAGCAUCAUCGGGCUGAAAGUACGGUCUUCAUGUCUGAACCGGUACUACUGCCUUCCCGGCGGGUUUCCAUCGAUGCAUCGUCUUUCCGAUCAUACUCGCCUUCCACUCAAGCGCAACAACAGUUAUCUCUCAGUGCCAACGGGAAGGACAGCACCUACGCUACAGUCGAAAGCUCUGCCUUUUUCAUCCGUGACGACCUCACAGGCUCAGAGAUAAUAAUAUUCGGAGACAUCGAGCCCGACUCCAUCUCCCUAGAACCCCGAAACGAGAGAGUCUGGGAAACCGCAGCUCCAAAGAUCAGUGAAGGCUCUCUGCGCGCGAUCUUCAUCGAAUGCUCAUACAGUGACUCGGUAGAAGAUAACGCGCUGUACGGCCACCUAUGUCCUCGCCAUCUCAUCGCCGAGCUAGAGGUAUUAGCUGGCAAGGUCCUUGACUCUCAGAAACCGCAUAAGGGCGAAACCAGGAAGCGAAAGCGCGCCUCAUCGGUCAGCGGGAAUCUACCAACGCAAGGCGAGCUGUUGAAUGUGCCGCUCAGCCCAAGGUCGAAGGAAAGCAGGCCACCAUUCUUGUCCCCUGCAAUGCCAUCGAUGAAAUCAGACGACGCGCUGCCAACAGGUCACAACACCCGCCAAGCUACGGAACAGAUGGAGACGACGGUGAAUUACCAUUUCUGCGAGUCGGAGGUGGGUAAAUGGGAAUCGGUAGAUCCGAUGGACACUCAUGCCAAAGAUGCGGCGGAUGGGAAACCUCGAUUCCGUGCAUCUGUAUGCGGAACCACACGCCCGCUACCACUACAAGGCCUCACCGUAUAUAUAAUACACGUCAAAGACACCCUUACUGACGAUGGCUCUCCGCGCAAGCAGAUAAUCUCCGAACUGAGACAGUUAGGCGAAGAGGCUGGCCUAGGCUGUGCAUUCCAUGCUCCUUUAUCCGGCGAAGGCGUGUUCAUCUAA